AUGUUUCAUAUUGGCUAUGAUUCAACACCACAUUAUGCUUUUAUCUCUAUUGAGAAGGUAUCUUUUUCAAAGAGCGUGAACGUACCUGUAUAUGUUCGUGUUGAGAGGAAAAAAUCAACAUCUGGAAUUAUGAGAAAAGCAUUUCAUUCAGAGACACGGUUCCAGCUUGCUGACUCAAACAACAUUGUUCAGUUCAACAAUGAGUUCCGGAUUCCUGUCACGAUCUUCUCAAAGAAAGGAGAGAAACCUCAGAAAAAAGUUGUUGAAAUUUCAUGCAUAGUUGUUGGAUCUUCUAAAGCUUCAGAACAUACAGCUUGUACAUGGAGAUUUGAUGCUGCUAACCUUCCAAAUCCAAAAGAUAGUUCAAUUCAAACUGCCCAAGCAAAAUGCGAAUUCGGCGUCGCAACACUUUAUCUCAGAUUCAAUCUAUGA